ACCCUCGGCGCAGACUCGAUUUGUCUUGGACGCCAUGGAGAAACUUGAGGCCUCCCUCAAAGCCCUACUCGACGAAGGAAUCGCCAAGGUGCUCGCGGAGGUGGCUACGCAGCUCCAAACCGUCGAGACCCCCGUUGGUGAAAUCCGCACCAACAUCCGUCGUGUGGAUGAGAAGCUGCAGCACCACUCGGAUCGUCUUGAUUUGUUCCAGACCAAGGUCGACAUGUCGAUGGACGCAAUUGCAGUUGUGCAACAAGAGCAGCGCGAGCUCGCCUGCAAUAUUCAUGGGGGCAGAGGACCUCCACCCGAUCCUGGCUCCCAUCCUGGUGGCCAUCCUCAAGGUCGCCCGGGCGCGCAGCAGCAACCAAAUCAAAUUCCCACGGGUACUCAGGCCACUGCACACGACGUGUUCGACACUAUGCCAGAGCACGAGCAGCAUGGGCCACGCAGGCCGUAUAUGCCCAAGAUGGACUUCCCCAAGUUUGAUGGCACUGAUGUUCGUAUUUGGGUGGAUCAAUGUGAGACAUUUUUCAGCAUGUAUCAAAUCACAGAGAGCUUCAAGGUUUCGGCGGCUACCAUGAAUUUAGUCCACAAUGGUGCUCACUGGUACCAAGCAUUCAAGCUCACAAACCAAUGCUUUGGUUGGCCACAUUUCAGAGCAGCCAUUCUAGCUGAAUUUGAAGGAAAUCUCUGUCAGGAUCACAUGCGAGAACUCUGUACCUUGAAGCAGACAGGCUCCGUGGAGAACUACUUACGUCAGUUUAACAUGCUGCUGUACCAAGUUAAACUGUAUGAUCCUACAGUUGGCGGACUUCUUGUCGUCACUCGAUUCAUUCUCGGCCUCAAGAAUGAACUGCGCGCGGCCGUUGAAGUUCAAUUACCAGAAACUGUUGCCCAAGCAGCCCAAUACGCCUCUGUUCAAGAACGGGUCUUGGAGCGCACUCGAUCUUUUCCUCAACGUGAGACGGCUAAAUCUUAUACUUCCAGUACCCACAAGCCUGAAUCUAGCCAGCGAAAUACUACCAGUAACAAGUUGGAGACAGGUCAUCUGUGGAAAGCUACGCAACUAAAAGAAUUCCGCCGCACCAACGGCCUGUGUUAUCGCUGUGGAGAGAAAUAUAUGGCAGGCCACACUUGCGCUCAGCAGACGACAACUGAGGCUCAGGCUCAUGCAAUUCAGACACAGGACAUUCUCUCAGACGAAGUUCUUGAUGCCCUGUGUGCUGCUGACAUGCCUGAUGAGUCGGAAAUGCACCUGUCAGUGAAUGCAAUCUCUCUGGAACGGAUAAUCCCGAAGGUAUUCAGUUGCGAGUUUUGGUUGGCAACAAAACUUUGCUCAUGCUUCUUGACUCUGGCAGCUCUCACAGUUACAUCAACAAAGAUAUAGUGGAGUGUCUACACUGCAAUCUUCGUGACAUUCCUGCCAAAUGGGUGAAAGUGGCAAAUGGCGGAACAGAAAUGUGUGAGGCUGAAGUGCCAAAUUUCCAAUGGUGGGUGCAAGGCGAAAUUUAAAAGGUGCUGAAAUUGGGUGGGUAUGAUGCAAUUUUGGGCAUCGAUUGGGUACGGCAAUGGGGUGAGAUGCCAAGUAAUUGGGACAAAAAGUAUGUUAAGCUUCAGCGCAAUUGUAAGUGGAUAACACUUCAGGGCAUCACUAAUUCCUCACAGCCUGUUGUGUCCAUCUCAGCAACCAAUCUUCGCAAGAGCUAUGCUACCAAUGAUGUUUGGGCCCCUGUACUGCUUCAGUCUCCACGGCCAGCGCAAGACGACACAGAAAUUCACCUUCUAUCAAGAAAUUCACCUUCUAUCAAGACACUUUUGUCUGAAUACACAGACGUCUUCAGUUCUCCUCAGUCUCUGCCUCAGGAUCGUCAAUUUGAUCAUGCGAUCACAAUUUUGCCAGGAGCAGCACCUGUAAACUGCCGCUCUUACAGAUAUAGCCCCCAACAGAAAGACGAAAUCGAAAGGCAAGUUGCAGAGAUGCUUGCGGCGGGCACUGUCCUUCCUAGUAUGAGCCCUUAUGCCAGCCCUGUUCUGUUGGUCAAGAAGAAAGACGGCAGCUGGCGCUUUUGUGUCGAUUAGGCAGGAUACCAUCAAAUUCGCAUGGUGGAAGACGACGAACCAAAGACCGCGUUCAAAACUCAUCAUGGCCUAUUUCAAUUUCGUGUGCCGUUCGGACUGACCAAUGCACCAGCGACGUUUCAGUGCGUCAUGAACUCCAUAUUUGCUCAUCUGGUCAGAAAAUGUGUCCUGGUCUUCAUGGACGACAUUCUAGUCUACAGCUCGUCUAUGGCGGAACACACGAAUCACCUCCGAGCUGUUUUGGAAAUUCUGCGCAACAACCAGCUCUAUGGGAAAUUGUCCAAGUGCACUUUUGCCAAGUCCCAAUUAGAUUACCUCGGUCACAUCAUCUCAGAUCAAGGUGUGGCAACAGGCCCAAGCAAGACAGAAGCAAUGAUCAAUUGGCCUGUUCCAGCUACAUUCACUGACUUGCGAGGUUUUCUUGGACUCAUGGGUUAUUAUCGAAGAUUUGUCCAUCGCUAUGGAAUUCUGGCGAAGCCAUUGACGGUAUUGCUGCAGCAAAAGUCCUUUCAGUGGACGUCGCAAGCUCAGCAGGCGUUUGACAAAUUGAAGGCGGCGAUGAGCUCUACCCCUGUUCUCGGUAUCCCUGAUUCCUCACGCCCUUUUUUUUUUGUUGAAACUGAUGCUUCCGAUUUGGGUAUUGGUGUUGUACUUCUCCAGGACAAUCAUCCCAUAGCAUACAUGAGCAAAGCAUUGGGUGUUCGCAACCAGAAACUCUCCGCUUAUGAGAAGGAAUUUAGGGCAAUAACGUUGGCGGUGGACCGAUGGCGCCAAUAUCUCUCUCGUGGUCCUUUUACAAUUCGAACGGACCACAAAAGCUUAUGCAAUUUGACUGAUCAACAACUAACAUCUGAUCUCCAGCGCAAAGCCAUGACCAAAUUGAGAUAUGCGCUAUCUCUCAAGGGAAACCUAUUUGGCUCCAAGAAGUUCUAAACUCCUAUGCCGUCGAUCCUCAUGCGCAGCAGUUACUUGCUCAGCUUGCCAUUUCAAAUGCUGACUCUCCAGAUUUUUCAUUGGACAAUGGUAUGAUCCGUCACAAAGGAAAGAUCUGGAUUGGCGCAAAUAUUGGCCUCCAAACCAAGUUGAUCACAACAAUGCAUGACUCUGCUAUAGGGGGUCGCUCGGGCCAGCAAGCAACUUAUCAGCGACUGAAGAAACUGUUCCAUUGGCGUGGUCAGAAACAGGCAGUCGAGGAGUAUGCUAAACAAUGUCUGAAGUGUCAACAGGCCAAGCAUGAAUUGUGUAAGCCACCUGGCCUCCUCCAUCUACUUCCCGUGUCUAAAGGGACCAUGGCAAGAUCUCACAAUGGACUUUAUCACUGGUUUACCUAAGAGUGAAGGUCAUGAAGUGAUUAUGGUGGUGGUGGACAGGUAUACAAAAUUUGCUCAUUUUGUUCCAUUGAAACAUCCCUUUUCUGCCUCUA